AUGAUGCUAAUCCGUCACCUCCUGCCACUAGCAGCCCUUUCAGCCACCGCCCUAGGACACGGUUACGUCUCCUCCCCACCCGCCCGCGCGCCGGGGGAAGCCUCAAUCGCCGCCUGCGGUAACAGCGUUGUUAACGAUAUCAAAAAGGACAACACGUCGCACGUCGAAGGCCUCCCCGAGCUUGCCGCCACCGAUGCAGGCUACCACGCCGACCAGUGCAACUUGUGGUUGUGCCGGGGCUUGCAGUUCGGUGACAACGCAGCCAACGUGCAAAAGUUUACACCGGGGCAGUCGGUGCAGGUCAAGAUCAAGCUUGCCAUCCCGCAUGCCGGGGGAGCCAAUGUCUCCGUUGUGGACACGAAGAAGAAUGCGAUAAUUGGGAAGUCGCUCAUUAGUUGGGCAAGCGGGUAUGCGGAUGAGCAGCAAUUUUAUUCGGGGAAGACGCCCGAAGAUCAGGUCGAUUUUAAUGUGACGAUACCGACGGAUUUGGGGAGUGCAUGUGCGGAGGCGGGGGCAUGUGUCCUCCAGUGGUGGUGGUAUGGCACGGGAGCGAGACAGACGUAUGAGUCUUGCGUUGACUUCACCGUAGCUUCCGCCGCGGCCAACUCGACGAAGCGUUUCAACGCCUAA